AUGGGAGAAACUGACACGGAAUCAAUGGAGAGGGAAAAAUUGUGGGAUGCCCGUCGACCGACUAUGAACCGUUGGUGGGAAACAGCCGUAGAUGAAAACGACCUGGUGCAGGAAACCAUGGCCUCUUCGCCGGAGGCCCAACAAGCUGCGCGACUAUGGGUUGAACAGAAUGUGCGGAAAACCCCGCAAACAGUCGACAAACGUAAACAGUUUUUCGUCAAGAAAAACUCACCGCGGAAAACCGUAAGUUUAAGUGACCCGUUGUACAUGAACUCGGAUACCAACGAAAAUUGGCUGAUGUAG